CGUUAGACUCAGACUGCAGUUAAAUGUCUAAUAAUUAUGUAAUAAUAAUGGGUUUGUAUUGAAAACACGUCCUUCAGUGACAAUACAGUGAUUUGAUUGCAAUUGUAGUUACGGUUAACUAUAGCUUCACUUAAUUUGCAUUCACUGUCAAUGCGAUUGUGAUUACAACACAUCGACACCAGAAUGUCAUCCGAGAGACUGUUAACCAAAUUAAACAAAUGUCUUGAGAGUGAAGACUAUUACGAAUCGCACCAAAUAUAUAGGACUUUAUAUUUCCGACUCUUGAGAGACAAAAGACAUUUACAAUUAUCUCAACUGCUCUUCGAAGGAGCCAUUCGUUUGUUGACAUUAAGACAACACAACUCUGGCGCCGAUUUGGCCACUCUUUACAUACAACUACUCAUUGAAACCAAUAAUAAGACACUGAGUGGUGAAGUGAUUGUCCCCUGCGAUCAGCUGUUGAUGAAUAUCCGAAGACUUUUUGAGUUGAUUCCUGCGAAGACUCCCGAGAGAGUGACAUUCAUCUCAAAUGCAGUCAAAUUAGAUGUCAUACCCUCGGCGGCCAUUCGCCGCCAGUUCGCUGUUGUCUUAUGGCGUGAGAAGAACUUCUUGGAGUCGAGACAGCAUUUCGUGCACUCGUCCGACUCGGGGGUCGACUGCGCCUUAAUGCUAGUCGAGUAUCAGACAACUCUUGGUUUCCCGUCAGAAGUGGAUCUAUUCAUCGGACAGUUUGUUCUUCAAGUGCUUUGUGUCCGCAACAAAUCGAUGGCCGACCAGACCUUUCACGCAUACACUUCCAGACAUCCAUCCAUUAAUAGCCCAAAUCCUCCAUUUUUGUGGCCAUUACUGAACUUUUUGUCAUUUCUUUUGCUGGCAAUCGAUGGUGGUAAAAUGCAAACCUUUAAGCUGUUGAUGGAUUUGUAUGGAACGACACUUCGACGCGACCCCUCCUAUAACGACUACUUGUCCCAAAUCGGACACAUCUACUUCGGCAUAGAGAAGGCCUCCAGAGGUGGUGGUCCGCAGGGAUUCUUCGGGAAUCUCAUCCAAUCGCUGUUUGAUGACAGCGAAGACGAGCAGUCGGGCGGCACAGGGAGUGCGGGUCCGAGUCGUCCGGCCGUUAGCUCAAGGAGUCAACAAAAGGCCGAAGAAGUAGAACUCGACUGAAGAGUAUAUCGUUUUUUAAUAAUUAUAUAUAAAAUGAAAGCUUUUAUUACAAUUGAAGUGUAAAAGCGCUCAUUUGAUACAACAAUUGAUUGUUUGCAUAAAAGCUUUUCGUAGGAAUAUCUCCGAGAAUUACAAUUAAUUUUAAUUUCUUUCUCAAUAAAAACGAAGACUUUAUAAACAAAUA